AAACAGCUUUUCCUGCAAAUCCUGUAAAACCUGCAAAUCGUGAAGCAUCUGAAACGCAACUACUAUUCAUGAAAUUCACAUAUGUGUGUACUAGGGAAGUUUCGAUUGUCAUAUUUUUCACAUUCGAAUUUUCGGAAUGCGAAUGUUAGGAAUAACAUUAAACUUAAAUCAUCGUUUUUAUUACGGCUGGUAUUAUCACUUGCGAAGCGAAAGAAAAUAUCGGCGAACUUCCCAUUCUCGAAAUAUGAGAUGCGAAUAACCGGCGAAUUCGCCGCAAAAUUGCGAACGAGUGGCGAAAAUGAAUUUCGUGUAUUACCACUAGCGAAAAAGCGACAUUUGCUUCGCCAUAGCUGUCAAAAUUUGGCGACUGUUUUCUCGAUUCGCACUUCAAAAUGGAAAAGACGUUCGUAAUUGGUUUUAUAUGUACAUAAUUUCAUUAAAUACAAUACAUUUUUCAGAAUAAAACGAACAACAACGCAACAGUUUGAAAAGCUAGUAGAACUCAUGCACAAUAAUCAAGACGUUGCCAAGGGGAUGGGAAAUUUCGGCUCCUCGAAGAAGAUUUGGGCAGAAUUGUGGGAAAAGUUCGGACCUCCAAUGCGGAAUGGGCGGGAGUGGAAUAAGGUUUGGCUAGACUACAAACAAAAGUUGAAGAAAAAAAUUUCAACGAACCGACGGGAAACUGUGGCCACAGGAGGAGGUCCGUACUAUGCCUUCUUCCUAAGAAGAAGAAUGAAUGACAGUGGAGGACCGCGAAAACAUUCUUUUAAGUGCGUCGAAGAGGCAGUCCGAGGUGCAAGAAGUUCUUUGCCAAAAGUAUCAGGCAUAGAAAAGAGAUUAGAAUAAAUUUCGCGAUAUGCUAGGAAAACAUACGAAAUAAAAAACGAAAAACUAAACUUAUUGAAGAUGGAGGAACAGAGAAAGAAAGAAGAAAAUUUAGAAAAGAAGAGACAACAUAAAGAAAAGAUGGAAAUGAAGUUAAGGGAGUUAGAACUAAAAUCCUUAAAUACAGUAAGUAAAUUUAACAAAGUUUAAUAAAAAAAUGCAAACUAUUUAAUAAGAAUUCCCAGAAAAAGUUUAGUGUGCCGAUUUAUAGCCUAUUAAAUUUUAGUGCAACAAAGUGCAAGUUAAAAGUUCCUCAAAAAUCUCGUCGAUUUUUUAUAAUUUUUUUUGCAACUUCAAAGUACUACUUUAUUGUACUAAAAUUGAGAAGGCUAUGAAACUGGACACCAAAAUUCUUUAUAGUAACAAUUGAAAAGCUUGCCAUUUUUAUGAAACUUUGUUGAACUUUUAUAAUUUUCAGAAAGUUUG